AUGGUGGGAACCUUGUCACCUGCAUGCGUCUUGGGAGCAGUUCAAGCGUGCGAUCUUGGAGAGGUUUCAGUCAACCAUGAGGAGGUGGAGAUGACGCGCACGACGACAGAGGCGGCUACGGCGCCGACGCCGGAUGCGGAGACGGCGACGCAAGGUGCGAAUCGCUGGCGUAAAAUGGAGAUUCCAGUCUAUGAUGGAAGCGAAGACGCGUUUGGAUGGGUCAACAAACUGGAAAGGUACUUUCGUAUCAAGGGAGCGAUGGAGGAAGAGAAGCUACAAGCGGUGGUUGUAGCUUUGGAUGGAAGAGCGUUAAGCUGGUAUCAAUGGUGGGAACCUUGUCACCUGCAUGCGUCUUGGGAGCAGUUCAAGCGUGCGAUCUUGGAGAGGUUUCAGUCAACCGUGAGGGGGUGGAGAUGA